CUCGAGCCGAGGUCAUCUUUCACAUUCAGGGAAAAAAGGUGAUGACUUCCCAUGACUUUUUUCUGUCUGAAGAGCAGUUUCAGUGCUCCAUCUGUCAGGAUGUUUUUUUGGAGCCAGUCUCCAUCCCCUGUGGCCACAGCUUCUGCCACACCUGCAUCACCUCUCACUGGGAUGGAAGACGCUCUAUCAACUGCCCCAAGUGUCACACAGUGUACGAAAUGUGUCCCGAGCUCUGCGAAAACUCUUUCGCCAAAGAAAUGUCUGAGCAGAUCCGAACCAGGAGGCAGAACGGUGUGGUGGGAAAGACUGUUAGCUGUGACGUGUGCGUGGGAAAGCAAACCACGGCCUUGAGGUCCUGCCUGGUGUGUCUGACCUCUUAUUGCGAGGCCCACCUGGAGCCUCACCUGAGAGCUGGGGUGCUGAAGAAUCACACACUGAUUGAGCCUGUUGCCAUGCUGGAGAGCAGGGUGUGUAGGAGCCACCAGAAGCUCCUGGAGUUGUUCUGUAGGAGUCACCAGGAGUGUGUUUGUCUGCAGUGCAUCAAAACCGAUCACCGCUGCCGUGACACCGUUCCAGUGGAACGAGAGAGUAAAGAAAAGAAGGUUCAGAUAAAACUUAUCCAAGGUGAAGUUCAGCAGAUGAUCCAGGAGAGGCUGCAGAAGCUGGAGGAGAUAAAGCACAAUCUUGAUCUUGGCAAAGAAAACUCAAAGAGGGACAUUGAGGAAAGUGUGCAGAUUUUCUCAGCUCUGCUUCGCAGCGUGGAGAGAAGCCAAGUGGAGCUGGUGGAGGUGAUCAAGAAGAAGCAGAUGGUAGCAGAAGUGAGGGCAAAGAGGCUGAUUCUGGACCUGGAAUCAGAAAUCUCUGAGCUGCAGAGGAGAAGAGGAGAACUGGAGGUGCUGUUGCACCAUGAGGAUGACCUUCAUGUUGUGCAGAGUUUUCCAUCUGUGAGCUCUGCUGUGUCUAAAGACGACUCCUUAAACAUCCUCGUCUAUUCAGACACUUGCUUGGGGACCAUAAGGAGAGCAGUCGCUGGCAUUCAAGAGCAGCUGAAAUUACAGAUUGAAAAACUGUCCUUUAAAGAGCACAAAAAGGUCCAGCAGUAUGAAGCUGAUGUCCUUCUGGACCCAAAGACAGCCAACCCAUGGCUGGUUCUGUCAGAGGAUGGAAGGCAGGUGCAGGAUGGAAACAGAAUGCAAAAUGUGGCAGAUCUCCCUGAGCGGUUUGACAGAGCUCCAUGUGUCCUCGCCCUUAUGGGUUUUACCACAGGGAGGCGGUACUGGGAGGUGCAGGUGGGAGAUAAGACAGCGUGGGACCUGGGUGUGGCUCGGGCAUCUGUCAAAAGGAAAGGCGUGGUCACUCUGAGCCCAGAGGACGGAUUCUGGGCUAUCUGUCUGAGGAAAGGAACUGAGUACUGGGCCUGCGGAGGAGAGGCGAAGCUGCUGUAUCCUAGCCAGAGGCCACAAGUCGUUGGUGUGUUCCUGGAUUAUGAAGAUGGGACUGUGUCCUUUUACAAUGCAGAGACUCGGUCACACAUCUACUCAUUCACAGAGUACCACUUCACUGAGGCCAUUUUUCCCUUUUUCAACCCGGAUACAAAUGACGACGGCACCAACAGAUCGCCGCUGACCAUCCUGCCAGUUAAUAAGCAUGUCUUCAGCAGGGAUUUAGAGGACAUUACUAUAUGACAUUUUAAAUAUGAAUCCAAUGACUUUUUGGUUCAUUUAACACUCCUUGUAACAUGGUUUUAUAAAACACCAUGUUCCCUUUUAGAGACUUAUUGUAUAUAUGUCCAAAGAUUCUUAAAAUGAAAUCUAUUU